CGCGGAUGUAAAUCGAUUCAUCGAACUCUUGUUGUGACUGAAGGAGAGUUGCAAAAUGUCUCACAAUCAGCGGCAAAUUCACCAGGAUUGGGCCAAUCGGGAGUACAUCGAGGUCAUCACGGCCAGCAUCAAGAGAAUCACAGACUUUCUCAACUCUUUCGACAUGUCCUGUCGCUCCCGUCUUGCCGUGCUCAACGAGAAACUGACCAUCCUGGAGCGCCGGAUCGACUAUCUGGAAGCGUGCGUGACAAAAGGGGAGACCCUCACGUAAUCCACGGACAUUCAAUCCACAUCGCGGACGCUUGAGUGUGUAUAUAAUUCCAUUUUGAAAGAGAGAUUUUCAACUCACA